AUGCUCGGUGACAUUGCUCCCUCUAUCGGGUUCCAGAGAAUAGCAGGGCCACAUCUCCCCGUGGGCACCAGAUACACCUACCGAUUCUCCAGCAACACUGGCACCAGCUUGAUGGGGGCAGCACGGGAGGCAAGUGGCCUGGGCCUCCAGGGCUUGGCCAUCCUUGAAGCGCUAGGCCCAUGUCAGAUGACCUUGUGGCUUCCAGACUUCCAGGUGAUAUCUGUUCUGGGAUCCCAGGUGAAGGUUUUGAAGGAGUCAGAGAAUUUGAGCACAGUGCUGGCCCGCAAUCCUCUUGACUACAUUUUCAGUGCCGGGCAAGUGGUCCACUUGCGUCCCCAUCGCUCUGAGCCACUCGGAGCCUUGUGCAGAGCUGUCCAGGGGGCCACAAGUCUAAGAUCUCCUACCAUCUUCUACCUGGUCUGCUAUGUCACUGCCCAGGUGGGUGAGGUCUGCUGUGGACCCUUAGCCCUUUUGAUUGCUGCAGCUCCUGCUGGUGUACUGCACGAGGCUGCCUGUGAGGAGCUGUACACAGCCAGACCAUUAUUCCAGAAGUCCAGGGCUGUGCACACACUGAGUUUUGCCAUCUCAAAUAGAGACUACAAAGAUAUGAGUCCCAGCAGCCUUCAGUAUGAAUGGGAGGGGACACUGUCCCAAGCCACUGUGGCCAGAGCUGCAUUAGUGAGAAAGCUGUUUGUGGCUCAGCCCAACAGCUUCGAGCCACUAUUGCAGUCUCUGGGGGCCAGCCCAGGUGUCUUCCUUGACAUCUCAGCUCUGGGACACAACCUCUGUUCUGCUCUGGAUGGGCACUACCAACAGCUACCUGGAGUUGGCUCCCUUGUGAAGAUUCUGGGAGAGGUCUUACCUGACAGGUUAUCCUUGGACAAAUGGGUGGGGCUUUAGCUUGUGCUGAAGGCCAUUGGCAAUGCUGCUCUGGCAGCAGUAGCUCUCCCCCCUGUACUGAGCACCUGUGCAUCCCUGAGGGGCAGCUCUCUGAAGAUCUGGCUGGUAGCUAUCCAGGCCUUACGGAGGAUCCCUUACUCUGCAGAGAUCAGUGCUGUCUCUCCUGUACUGUACCAAGCUCCUGAGGAGGACACAGGGCUCCAUGUCAAUGCCUACCAGGCUCUGAUGAAGUGCCCCAUUGAGGAGAUGUUUUCCCAGGUGCAACACACACAGGCAACUGUGCCGUCCACCCAAGUGGGCUCCUUUAUGUGGAGCCACAUCCUGCAGCUGCUGGAGACAGAUGAUCCUCUGAAACAUGACCUUAGGGAUUCCAUCCCCAAAGACAUCCUCAGUCAGCAGUUCCAGAUGGAGACCUGGAAACACGCAUCUUACUCUGAUGUCAUCUUGCACACAAUUCCCAGGAUCCUCUUUUCCCUGGGCGCCAACCUGGAGAGGACCUUCCUCUCCUCUCCCAGCUCCUUCCUCCCUUGUUCUGCCACAGCAAACCUCACUGUCCAUGGUGCUGGCCCGGCCAAGAGUGCUGGGCUUAUGGGACUCCAGUUGGAGAAUGCUAAAGACAUCAUCUCCUUCUGGAGGCAGGAAGAAAAGAGAGAGGAUGAGCCAGGAAACCCUUCAGGACCAAAGCCAGGCCUGGAUGGCUCUGACUGCAGGAGAAAGAUCCAGAAGGAUGAAGGACCUCCAGGAGAAAGUAAUGGCAAGAUGGAACCAAGCUGCCAGCUGAGUGUCAAAAUGUUUGGGCAUGAACUAAGUUUCCUGGGCUGCGCCUCUGGGGGCCACAGGAGGUGCUGGUCUCUGCACUUGGCUGAACUUGCCAUCAAGUUUCUCAAGAAGGAUGACAUUGAGAAGUGUCUCACAGUCAUUGUGAAGUUUGCCACCAGCAUUGUAGCUUUCUUUGCCAAGGAACCUCAUCAAGCCAUGAAGGGAACUGGGAACUGGGACUUGCCAUUGAUCAAAAUUGUCUCCCAUUCUGAAAUCGACAAAAAUUUGUCCCAAGCCUGGGGCUGGCAGCUGUGCACUAAUGUGGCCUGGCCAAAGCCUGGUCAGCCCUCCCUGCUCUCAGCACCUGUGUUCAUGGAUUUGAUUCUGAAGAAGCAAGACCCAGGACUGCAGCUGUACUGCUUCAGAAGAAGAAUCCCAUUGUGUUUGCAGAAGGACAGCUAGCUUCCUGAAGAAGACACAGCCCACCUCUUUAUGGGUACACCCCAGUCAAGGGCCAGGGAUGUUAGGGUGGACAUCAGCUACAGUGUACCCCAGAGGAAGUGCUGGCUCAAGCUACUGCACCCCAAAAAGAAAAUUCAGCUGGACGGUAAGAUGGAGGUUCUCAAGAGUGCACACGUGGGCCAUUUGGAGCUGGUACUUGAUGACAGGGAUGUCUGUUACCUCAAGGCUGUGACCUGCCGAGGUGACACAAUUGCCCCAGAUGGUGGAGAUCACACUGUCUGUGCCCUGUUGUCAAUAUUCCUGAGACACAGGAGGAGAACCUUGAACUUGGACAGCCAAUGACUCACAGCAUCUGCAGCUCACAGGCUCAACUGGCCACACUGGGCCAUGUUCCAGGCUGUCUCAGAGCUGACACUGGCCAGGGCCUGGACCCUCAAGGAUUUGGGCAGUAUGACCUGCAGGAGCCAGGGCCCUGACAGGGAAGUCAAGAUCCAGGUGCACACUGAAGCCACCACGUGGCUGAGAGUUUCCAUGGUGACAGCCUUGAUGCCAGACCUCAUCCACAGUAGGAGUGAGCUUGAAUCAGCCUAGAACAGCCAGGACAGGAAGGUCCUGCACUGCUGGCUAAAGAGCCGACAGGAGCUGAGCCUCACAGCAGCCUACACGCAUAUAGAGAGAGAAGGCCAGUGCCAGCCCCCAAAGACCCAGGUGCUGCUCACAGUCCUGGGGACUGGUGUCCUGGGCCAGCCUUGAGGCCUGCAGCUGGAGGGAGAGAUGGAGCAGAGGCAGCAAGGCAAGACGUUAUACCAGAAGUGGGGAACACUGCUCCUCAGGCACACCUGGCACCUCCUGGUCCCUCAGAGCCUCCUCUUAAAGGGGACCUUCAUGGUAGACAAACUGCAGGCAUCACUGGAGACCAAGGCUGCCCUGAAUGGCCAGGAGGAGGUCCUACACACUGUGGUGUUGGGCUGCCAGGCUGGACACCCCUAUCACAUAGCACCGCACGUCCAAAACAGUGGUCGAGGUGGGGAGCAGUUCUUUGCCCAAGAGGCCAUUAGCCGAAUUGAGAAAGGACUCCAGAAGGAGCGACAACACAAGCAAUGUAGGAGGAGUCACCAGGGCUGGAACAUGAGAGUCUCCCUCUGCCAAGCUGUCUUCAGCAACCCAAGAACCCUUCAUAUGCAGUUGUCCUCCAUGGUCACCUCAGCAAGGGUACAGCUGUUUUCUAAGGUGCUGCUGGACCAGGCCUCAGCACAGCUGCUCCUCAAGACACUGAGGGGAGGCGGAUGCACAAAAGUGCCCCGUGUCUUUAGUCUCAGGAGUGUGUUAAAGCAGAAGAUGACAUUCAGAGAAGGCUCUGACACAGUGUCCACUGACUCAGCCAUGCUGACCUUCCUCCUACAGGAUAAGCAUGAGGACAGCAGUCUGCAGAGCAUGACCUGCACCCUCACUCAGAAUCACAGCCAGGCCUUGCCAGCAGAGCUCCUGCUGAGAGGGCCUCAGCACACCUACACUGGAGACCACAGGGGUCUCGGGGGCCAGGCCAGCAUCCACCGUGACUUGAUCAGCCUGGCCCUGGAUGGGACCUGUACCUGGGAUCCUGGGCAUUGUCAGCUUUCAGGCAUGACUCACAACUUGGGCCCAUUGGGUGAUGCGGAAAUGGCCUCCAAGGCUGGGGCGCAAGUGACUAGUGCCCAGGAGUCCUCCAACCGCUCAGCACAGAUGGAAUUAUGGAUGCCAACCUUGAUCCCUCAGGCCUCACCAUGCCCAGCCACAGACACAGGGCCAUCCCCUUCUCCAUAUAAGGCCAAGAGCACAUCCAGGAGCUCUGGGGGUGUGGCCAGCUUGGGAUGGUCUGUCCUUACCAUGUCCUCAAAGGUCUCUGUGGUUUAUGAUGGUGUCACCAGCUUUGAGCACUCCACAUAUAUCUCAACAGGCCCUAUAUCCAUCAACUGCUCUGUAGACUACUGGGCCCAUGAUGGCCAUCUGGAGCUAUGGGGCCAUAGCCAAUAUGACAGUGAGAUCCUAUUGCAAAUCAGGCUCCUGGCUGGGCUUCUGGAUGAGGACAACCUGCAUGCUGAACUACAGAUACAGGUUACUAUUCCGAGAACUCUGGACCAAGAUAUUCUAUUCUUCCAUGUCCAUGGCCAGAACCAUGCCAACAGGCUACACUUCUUGCUACACUUUUCCAAGGAUGAGACCCAAAGCACCUUUGUCCUAGAGAUGGAAGAAUCCCAUUUCCAUGUCAGUACCAGCUUACUGACUGCUAAGGAUGGUCUAGCCAGUGUCAUCCUGCUGCAAAAGACCCCCCUCCCAGGUGCACAGGCUGGUGUGUGGCUGGGCUCUAAGAGGCCAUGGACUGGUUAUCCCUUUCUCUUCCAGCUCAGCACCUUUCCCACAGGGCUGGCCCUGAGGACUGUCUUCCAGAGAACACAAGGCACCCACAUCCUGUUCCAGGUGAUGCAGUGGGAAGGUAGGGUGGCACUCAAUGGGAGUCUCUCUAGGGCCCUCUCAGAGCUCCUGGGGAAUGUCCAUCUUCAGGGUAAGGGGCUGAGGAGCAGGAGGCAUGGGGUUAGGCAUGCUCUCACUUGCCAUGGGUUGGAGCUCUCCCAACAACUGCCUCUGUCCCUGCCGCGCCUCUGCAGCCUCCACCUCUCCUCCGAGUACUCUAGAGGCAGCCACCAUGGUGACCUGGCUGUGGCCUGGGACAAUAAAGACAAGCUAGGCAGCAGGACUGGCAGGAGACCCUGGGGGUCUGAGGGCACCUUGCUCGGGGAAGAUGAGGGCAGCCACAAUCUAGCCAGCAUCUCCCCCUUAGAGGCGGUGACAGCCUUACCUCUGUUCCUCCCUCGUGCAGGUUCAGCAAUCAAGAGACAGAGGCUCGCCUAUGAUUCUGGAGGUCACCUGGCUGAGAGGUCCUCUACCAACUGUGUGGCCUGGGAGAGCUGCCCAGCUGCCUCGCUAGGUCAGCUCCAGAGAACCUGGGGCCUGGGCCUGCUGCAGGCCUGUGGGACGACUCAGAUCUCGGUCAUGUUCAGUGAGCAGCUUGAUCUCUCCUGGUGCCGACACUAGCUGCAGCAGAACGUGACAUAUGAGAAUCGUCAGCUGCCCCAGUGGAACAAGGUCCAUGCAGAGGCCACUCUAGAGCACAUCCUCUGUGCCAUGUACAGCUUCCAGACUAUAAUGGAAACUGACUAUAUGCACCAGUUACAUCACGCCCUCCACCAGGGGCUUUGCAACUUGCCCAGGUUGAGUCUGCUGAGAAGGAUGGGGUACAGGGGAGCCAGAGGCCCUCAGGAGGGGGAACACCUGGGACGGGAAGGGUGGAAGGGAUCAUACCAGGGUCCGGUGGGGAGGGUCCUUCAAGCCUUCUCAUUCUCUGGGGAGCACAGUCUAGACCAGGAUGCACUCCUGCUGCAUUCUCAAUAUCAGUUGGGUCUUGCUCCAGACCCUGACCAGGGCCUACAUUUUAGCCUCACCCUCUAUAGCCACCACCAACCUAAUGCACCCAAUUCUCUGGCUCCAAGGUCUCAAGGGCAGCAGCUCCUCCUGUUGGGCAGCAUCACUACCUCGGCUUCUCAAAGCCUGGUCCAGCUGGAGAGAAGCAUUGAUAAAAAUGAGAAACUAAGGCUGUUGGUGUCCUGGGCCCUGAGCUGUCUUCAGGCUUCUGCUGCCCAUGAGGAGGGGAACAGAGAAGAGUGUGUGAUGCUACAGGCAUGUGCCCACAGGACAGCUGUGGAGGUGGAGACCCUGCUCCAGAACAAUGGGCAGCAUGCCCAGCCACUGGGGGGCCUAACGCGGGCAGCCAACCAGAGCCUCCUGCUAGUUGCACACAGCUGUCAGGGGGACCCUGCUGAGACACAGCCCCUGAGACCCUUGUCCAGGACUAAAACAGGCAGUGGGGACAUGUCUGUUCCUACCUCAGUCAACUAUGCCAGAGUCCCUGUGCUGGUGGCUGGCCAGGAGCAUACAGAGGUUCUUAUCUGCAGCCAGGAGCUCAGGGACCUUAGGCGAUCACCUGCAGAGCCCCUGGCCACACUGAGGGCCUACUUGGAGGUGAUGCUGCAGCUCCUGGAUGAAGUGUGGCGAGCACAGGCUGAGGAGGUCAGGCAGUGGCUCCAGACCUGGCUGCUAGGCUGCAGGGAAGUUGGAGUAAGGCCCAUCCGGAUGGCCCUGGGAGCCAUGAUGGGUACCCUGGAGCUGGCCACCCACCAUACACUGCCCUGGACUGAGGCUGAGGUCUCCUGAGUCCUGAGGCGGAUCUACAAACCCUUACAGAGCAUGUACAGUUACUCAGCCAGGUAAUCCCUCUGUGUCCUUUCCAGGCUACCACUCCUGCUGCUGGGAGACAAGUCCCUGGAUGUGGCCCAGGUGGCCAGUUACCUGGUGGAGGAGAAACUCCUGCGGCCACUCCGCAGGCUGUACGAGGCUAAUGUGCUGGCUGAGUUCUAUGGGUUCUGGCGGCAUCUACUGAGGAGGCCCUUCAAGCCUAAGUCCUGCCUGGCCUGUCCACCUCCUCCCUGGGAAGGCUUCUGCCUGUGGAAUUACGCUGUGGUGGUGGGCACCAGAUACCACCUGGCUCCCUUCUGCAGCAGCUUCCUGCUAGUCAAGGGCUUCACUCACCAAACAUUCUCUCUGACACUGAGCCGCACGAGCUCAGGCUCCACAGCCCUUCACGUGGAGCUGAACCACACAACCCUCGUUCUGUAUCCUAGCCUGAAGGUACAUGCUCUGGAGUGGGAGCGGCUCCCUGGAGACAGCUGCUGAGGUUUAGACCCACCUCCUGCUAUGCUGAACACUGGGCCCAAGGUUGAGCUGAGCAGCAAGGAUGGUGUGUCUGUCUCCUGUGAUGUGCCAGCAGGCCUCUGCAGCCUGACACUGGGCCUGUGGCACCAUGGUGUUUCUGCUGGCCUCCUGGGUACCAACAAUAAUAAGGCAGAUGACAAGCUAAUGCUGCCAGAUGGCACGGAAGCUGCCAACCUAGAGGAGCUCACGCAGGCUUGGCAGAUGGGUGAGAACUGUGGUGCUGUAAAGAGGAUGCAGGAGCCAUGCUCAGGACACAGUACCACCUGCCAGGCCUUCUUCCAAGAACCCCGCUCCAGUCUGGGGAACUGCUUCCAGGUGGUAGACCCUGAUCUGUUCCUCAGACUGUGUGUCCAGGAUAACUGUGACCUGGAGCUGCAAUCUGCCUGUCACCUGGCAGCUGCCUACAUCUACCUGUGUGCCUUGGCCCUUCCUCUGCAGUGUGGUGAGUUCUCAUCCAGGUUCCAUCCCAAAUGGAAAACCAACGCCAUUCUCUGA